AUGCAGAAGUUUUUCUUGGAGACUAUUCUUCGGCGAAAGCCACUCCAGCCUUCCAAAGAUGGACGUCAUAUCCCUCUCAAUCCUACGGGCGUUGAUCCCGGCGGUCUGAUAGACGAACGCAGCAGCAAACCCUAUAUAAGCAAUUUCAUUCGUUCCAGUCGAUACACAGUCUACGACUUUGUCCCGAAGCAGCUUGUUUUUCAGUUCAGUAAGCUCGGAAACUUCUAUCUCCUUAUCAUGGGUAUUCUUCAGGUAAUUCCUGGUCUGAGCACGGUUGGGAGGUACACGACCAUCGCUCCGCUCGCUGGCUUCGUAGCCUUUAGCAUGGCCAAGGAAGGAUACGAUGACUACAGGCGAUACCAGCUCGAUAAGGCGGAGAAUCGCAGCAUGACCUGGGUUUUGACACACGGUGUGAGAAAGGGGAGAGAGAGGCCACGAAUGUCGGGGUGGAGAAAUGCAAUGAGGAGAAAACGAAAGGGCAGUAAGAAAAGACUCGGAGCGGAUGAAGAGGACGUUAUACUACAAGACAUUGAAGAGGGAGCCCUCGCUAGAUUGGACGAGACGAACGAUUGGAUGAAUGUGCAAUGGCAGCAUGUGCAAGUUGGAGAUGUAGUGCGCCUCCGCCGCGACGAAUCGGUGCCUGCAGACAUUGUUAUGCUUCAUGCCACGGGACCAAACGGCGUUGCAUACAUCGAAACGAUGGCGCUAGAUGGCGAAACAAACCUCAAAGCCAAGCAGGCCUGUCCUCUCCUUGCGGAGAGGUGCGGCACGGUAGAGGGGCUUCGGUCGACUCAGGCUACAGUGGUAUCCGAGGAUCCCAAUCUCGAUUUAUACAGCUAUGUCGGAAGAGUCACUGUUGAUGGAGGCGAAACCGUACCUCUAUCGAUGAACAAUGUCGUCUAUCGAGGCUCUACGUUGCGAAAUACCACAAUGGCGAUUGGACUUGUGAUCAAUUCAGGCGAGGAGUGCAAGAUUCGAAUGAAUGCCAAUAAAAACGUCCAUGCCAAAAAGCCGGCCAUGCAGUCGACAAUUAACAAGAUGGUGCUUUUCCAAAUUACAAUCGUCCUCUCCCUGGCAAUCGGGUUUACCAUUGGAUACUUCACGUGGGAAAAUGGAACAGAGGACAAGUCCUUCUAUCUUGUCCAGAGCGGCGUCUAUGACGCAAGCGUGCCGUUCAAGCAGAUUUUCUUCGGAUUCCUGAUCAUGUUCAACACGUUGAUUCCACUGUCACUAUACAUCAGCUUGGAGAUUGUCAAGAUCGGACAGCUCUUCUUACUGCAAGACGUGGACAUGUACGACCCAGUCACGGACACCCCCAUGGUGGCCAACACUACGACCAUUUUGGAGAAUCUUGGGCAGGUUAGCUAUGUGUUUUCGGACAAGACGGGGACGUUGACGGAGAACUUGAUGCGCUUUCGGAAGUUGAGCGUUGCUGGUGUCGUCUGUCUCCAUGACAUGGAUAUUCCAGAGGACGAGGUGGCUAAAUUGAAAAAGGGAAAGCAACCCAUGUCAAUGAAUGCUGCUCCGGACAUGAGAACCGAAGAGCUGCUUGAUUAUAUUCGCCGUCGACCAAAUACCCCCUUUUCUCAGAAAGCUAAACAAUUUUUGCUUUGCAUCGCCCUUUGUCAUACCUGCUUGCCAGAGACCAAUGAAAGCGGAGAAAUCGAAUAUCAGGCCGCAUCUCCUGAUGAACUGGCCCUGGUUGAGGCAGCACGGGAUCUGGGAUAUAUACUCAUCGACCGACCGGCUCAGUCUAUCAAAUUGCAGAUGCAAGAUGCACAUGGCGUGCUGCAAACAGAAACUUACCAAGUGCUGGACGUGAUCGAGUUCAGUAGCAAAAGGAAGCGAAUGACUAUCAUCGUUAGAAUGCCUGACAGCCGGAUCUGCGUCUUUUGUAAAGGCGCAGACAAUAUCGUCAUGUCCCGUCUUAGGCUUCGUCAAGUAGCUGCGCAGAAGGCAAAAGAUGUCACUCGUAGAGCGAGCGUGAGAAAGACAUUCGAGCAGGACAAAGCAAUCAAACGCAUGAGCACUCAGAUUAGCAGAAAGAAUUCGACUCGGAAUAGCUUUGGCUUGGCACGAAGCGGAUCAACCGCUGGACUUGAAGGGUUGAGAACCAACAUUGUUAGGCGCUCCACAGAUCUUAACCGGCUAUCACAGGCCGAAGAAAUGGCUUCGUGGCUUCAUAGGAGGAACACAGAAGAGAUUGUGACUCCUCGACCUUCGACCGACAUUCUGCGGAGUCCUAGACAAAGCCUGGGUCGUAUGCCAUCUUGGGACCACAGGGAUUAUGCUGGCGAUGACGAUGACAGAAUAGACGAAUUGGUGGCUGCAGAUGAGGCAGCGAUUUUUGAAAAGUGCUUCCAACAUGUCGACGACUUUGCUGCCGAGGGACUACGGACUCUAAUGUACGCAUAUCGCUACAUCGAUGAAGACACCUAUGUGCAAUGGAAAGAUUCAUAUAGGGAGGCCGAAACGAGCCUGGUUGACCGCCAAGAGCGCAUCGAAAUAGCUGGCGAGCAAAUCGAACAAGGGUUCGAGCUUGCAGGCGCCACAGCUAUAGAAGACAAGCUCCAAGAGGGAGUUCCGGAAACAAUUGACAAGCUUAGGCGUGCAAAUAUCAAAGUGUGGAUGCUCACUGGUGACAAGAGAGAAACUGCCAUUAACAUUGGGCACUCGGCACGAGUGUGCAAGCCGUUUUCGGAGAUUUACAUCUUGGAUUCCUCCAAGGGCAAACUGCAAGACGCCCUGAUGACAACGCUCACUGAAGUUGGGCGAGGGAUGGUGCCUCACUCGGUUGUGGUGGUCGAUGGACAAACCUUGGCCGUGAUUGAUGCUGAUGAAGACCUUGCCGCCUUGUUUUACGACCUAAUCGUACGAGUCGACUCGGUCAUCUGCUGCAGGGCAUCUCCCUCACAGAAAGCCAACUUGGUCAAAUCCAUAAGGAAGUUUGUCCCCAAGAGCAUGACUCUGGCCAUUGGUGACGGUGCCAACGACAUUGGCAUGAUUCAAGCCUCACACGUGGGCAUUGGCAUCUCUGGCCGCGAAGGCCUGCAGGCAGCGAGAAUAGCCGAUUAUUCGAUUGCCCAAUUUCGAUUCCUUCAGAAAUUGCUGUUUGUACAUGGUCGAUGGAACUACAUCCGGACGGGCAAGUAUGUCUUGGCUACGUUUUGGAAAGAGACUUUCUUUUUCCUUAUACAAGCGCAAUUCCAGCGGUUCAACGGCUAUACGGGCACCUCUCUCUACGAGUCGUGGAGUCUCACGCUCUUCAACGGAGCGUUUACUUCGCUACCGGUUGUUCUGUUGGGCAUUUUUGAUAGGGACUUGCAGCCGGCGACGCUGCUGUCUGUGCCGGAACUGUAUACCUUUGGACAGCAGAGAAAGGGGUUUAACCUGCUGCAGUAUAUGGGAUGGAUGGCUAUGGCUGUUGCGGAAAGCGUUGUUACGUUCUACUUCAUGCUGGAGGCGUUUCAAAGCAUUCUGUUUACGGAGGAUAAUGGGCUCUAUGCGAUGGGAACUAUAUGCUUCAGUGUUGGCGUUAUUUUCAUCAAUGUGAAGCUGCUGCUUUUGGAGUUUCACAGCAAGACACUGAUUCCACUUCUUGGCCUUGCUGUAGAAAUCACCGGAUGGUUCCUAUGGAACCUGAUUCUGUCCACAAUAUACCAAAGAACCGUCGGUCCAAUAAUAGUGAGAGACGAGUUCAUCCACAAUUUCGGGCCUCGGCUCUCUUGGUGGACGUCGCUGGUCCUCGGAUUGGUCACCCCUAUUAUCAUGGAGUUGGUCGUGCAGGCGGUCCGUCGGGUAUACUGGCCAACGGACCAAGAUUUGAUGCAGCGGAUAGAGAAGGAUGCCAACUCCAAGGAAAUAUUGAAGAAAUACGCCGCAGAUGGAGGUGGAGAUCUAGAAGCGGGAGAUACACAGGGCAUUGAGCUGGAAGAGAUGGGAUUGCAAACUGACCAGAGGGAAGAAGGUAGGAGGUCGCUGAGGGUGAGCCACGACGAUUAUCGGCCGCCGGGCUUUACUCCGUUGACGGAAGAGAGGGAAUAUCCGCUUGAAGAGGUUGAUACGAGAAGAGAGAGAGAGUGA